AAUCAACGGGACUUUGACAAGGGACACUUCAAGACCCCAGCAUCAUCAUGCCACCAAAAAAGAGACAAGAAGAACAGGACAAAGAAGAUGGGAAAAGGAAAGAUAAAAACAGCCCUUCAGAGUCUAAUGGAGGGGGAGGAUAACAUGAAGAAGGCUGUAAACACCGCCUUUGAGAAGCUGGACACGGACGGCAGCGGGUUUCUGGAGAAGGAAGAACUCUUCGAGGCGCUGAAUGAAGUGCUGGGUGCUGACGACGACGAAAAUGGUAUUCCAGAAAAACAAUUCAACAAGUUUUUCGAAAAAUUGGAUAAAGAUGAGGACGGGAAGAUCUCUAAGGAAGAGUUCGGGAAGCGGGCCCGAGGCUUCUUCAAGAAGAUGCAAGAGGCGGACGGUGAGGACGACGAUGACUAGUGUCCGUCCGAGCGGGACCACAUCUGAAAUCAUGCUCAUUUAUUUCGAACGAAACUUAUGUUUGAAUGAUAACAUCAUUACAGAGCAUAACGUUAUGGUGUGUAUUGAUAAAGUGAACCGCUUAAAACAAAAGAGCUCUUGAGAAAUCAUUUGCAAA